GGAGGGAGGGAGGCCGGCGCGGAGCUGAGCUGAGCGGGGCUGAGCUGAGCUGGACAGCGCUGCCGGGAUAACGAUCACCAUCCCGGCUGCGAUUGGUGCGCACCCGAGCCGCCAACAAAACAAAAAGCGGAGCGUGGGGCAGGCUUGAGUUAAAGGCAGGAGCUCAUUCUGUUGUUGCUGCUGCGGCGGCGGUGAUGGUGGUGGUUGUGGCAGCAGCAGCGGCGAUAGCUGGCUGACCGACUAGCCGCCUCUCAGCUACCAGGCUCCCGCCCCCACUCUUCGCCCUGCCCGCUGUCCCGGGCUCACCUUCUAGGCUGCAAAGGUGAAACUCGUCCCCGUUACUUUAUCCCUAUCCCUCUCUCUCUCUCCCCGCCCUCCACCAUCUCCCCCUCCUCCUUUCUCCCUCUCCUCCCGCCUUUCACGGCCGCGGGAGCAGCACCUCCAGCCGCCAACUUCCACCCUCCUCUAGAAGAGGGUCUCCCCCCCCUCUUCACCCAGUGAUCACUCCACCGUCUGGUUUCUGUUGGAGACUAUCCCCAUCACGUGCAAGGGACAAGGCAUCGAUACACUGGUUUCUCUGGAAGAGAUUUAUUGAUGCGAAGAAUGGCAUACCAGGCAGAUUGACCAACGACCUUUCCAGGAUCUUCAAGCAACGUACACAGAUAUUGUAAACUGGGUUUGUGCAGAAGACCCAUCUGAGGACAAGGAGAGUCAAGGAUCCAAUUCGAUUUCAUCUCUUUCGACACAUCCCACCUUCCUCGGGCAGGUAUUAGAAUGGAAAGUGAUGAUGACCCUUUGGUGCAGCACCUGUGGCUGGAAGAAGAAGACUAUGAUGUAUCUGUCAGCUCGCACAGCGGAGAAAAACUCUGCAAGAAAUGCCACUGCAGCAUUAAAAGACUCUUCCAUGAUUUGAAAGUUAAAGGUUUUUGGGGAAUAGUCGGAUGGAUAUUCACGAACCCAUAUUGUACUGCCUUAAUCUUAGUAAUAGGUUGCACAAUUCCCACAAUUCUGACUGUUGUCAUGUUUAUGCAUUGUUCUUACCUCGACAUAGAUAUAUCCUACAAUGCCUUUGAGAUUCGCAACCAUGUGUCUUCGCAGCACUUUGAUGCUUUGACCCUUGCUUUAAAAUCCCAGUUUGGGUCUUGGGGGAGGAAUCGACGCGAUCUCGCGGAGUACGCUUCUGCGACAUUGGAGAAGCUCAUCAUCGAAGAAUUACAGAGACUGCACAGUAAUAAUUCACAGUUUGUCACUGCCGCCCAAGACAAAGUCAAUCGUAAAUCUAGUGAAAGCCUAUGGCCGGAUGGGAUCCGGCUGCGGAAACAUGACCUGCCCGCCCAUUCGGCCACAAACGAGAGCUGCAGCAGAUUGCGAGUACGGCAAUCGAGGGCCGUGUCCCGUAAAAACUAUCCGAGCACUUACAUUAACGGAGACACACAGACGCAUGCCCUGUGGAGGAUGGAGCUGGUAUUUCUAGCAAGAGGUGACGAUGACAGGAACAUCUUCACCAAAGAGCGUUUGUUGACUAUUCAUGACAUUGAAAAAAAAGUAAUGGACCACCCUAGGUUUCGGGAAUUUUGCUGGAAACCUCAUGAAGUUCUCAGAGAUAUGCCUCUUGGUUCAUACUCCUAUUGCUCGCCUCCAAGUUCCCUCAUGACCUAUUUUUUCCCGACAGCACAAGGUGGAAGGAUUUACUAUGAUGGCAUGGGACCGAAGCUGGCAGAUAUUCAUGGCUCACUCCAGCUGGCUAUUACUCACCCUGAGUUUUACUGGUACGUCGAUGAAGGCCUCACAGCUGAAAACAUGAAGAGCUCGCUGCUUCGGAGUGAGAUUCUGUUUGGAGCCCCACUCCCCAAUUACUACUCCGUGGACGAUCGGUGGGAAGAACAACACAAAAAGUUUCAGAAGUUUGUGAUCUCCUACGUUGAUCUAUUAUCUUCACAGUCCACAGAGAAGGUGAAAGUUCUCUACGGUGGAACAGACCUGUUUGACUAUGAAGUGCGACGAACCUUUAAGAAUGACAUGUUGCUGGCUUUUAUUAGCAGUGGAUGUAUAGCAGUCCUGGUGUAUGUUCUCACCUCAUUUUCAGCUUUCCUGACCUUCUUUGGAAUUGCCAGUAUUGGCUUGAGCUGCCUGGUUGCCCUAUUUCUAUACCAUGUGGUAUUUGGGAUCCAGUACCUGGGCAUCUUAAAUGGAGUGGCUGCCUUUGUUAUUGUGGGUAUUGGGGUGGAUGAUGUCUUUGUUUUCAUUAACACUUUUCGACAAGCAAGCCACCUUCUCAGCCCACAGGAGAGGAUGAUUCACACCAUCAAAACAGCGGGGAGAGCCACCUUCUUCACCUCUUUCACCACAGCUGCCGCCUAUGCAGCCAAUAUAUUUUCCCAGAUCCCAGCUGUCCAUGACUUUGGACUCUUCAUGUCGUUAAUCGUGGCUUGCUGCUGGGUAGCUGUUCUAUUUCUUAUGCCAGCUGCUCUCUGCAUUUGGAGUCAGUACAUCUCGCCUCAGGAGAUAUCCUGCUGCUCCAGUUGUCAACUUAAGUGUAAAAGGAAAAACAGCAACUCAGCACAGAAUCCAGCAGAAUAUGAUGAUGCACUGCUGGUCACGGAUCAGGAUUCAGUGUUGAUCGGUGGGAGCCUCCAGUAUCUGGAUGAUGAUAUUCCUCUGCUGUCAGUUGAGGAAGAAGCAGCCUCUUUGGACAAUGGAGAAGAACCCUUGGUUUCACUGGCACCAGAAGCUCAGCCACCUAACAAUGGGAUGCACCAUCCAGGACAGCUAAUCACAUGGCUACAGGAUGCACUUUACUAUUUUAUUGCACUCCCUGCAGUGAAGGGUAAAUGGAUAAUCUUAGGUCUUUACAUCAUUACCCUGGUGAUGUCCAUUGGAUUCACAACACAACUGCGCCCUGCAAGCCGAGCCCCAUUGCUCUUCAGCCCUGACACCAACAUUCAGGUGCUCCUCGACCUCAAGUAUAACCUAAGUGCAGAGGGCAUUUCGUGCAUUACCUGCUCAGGUCUGUUUCAGGAGAAACCCCAGCCUCUGCUAAAUAAUAUCCGAGCAUCCUCAGGCAAGAAAAAGCGAGGACAGAUACUCGCAUGGAAUGAAGCAAAUGCAGUACAAGAUGAUCUAUGGACGGUGUAUGUGACAAAGUACGAAGAUGACGUGCAAACCCCAAUUUACAGAUUUUCUCUGCAUCCCUCAGUUCCAUCACCAUGGCACCUCCUGUCGCUGAGGAAUGGGGAGAUCCCAUCAUUUAAAGUGUACACGGUGCCAAAUGGCAACUUCACGAAGAAGCUGACCGUGUGCUCAUCAACUGUUGCUUUGCCAAGUCCCAAGUGUCCAAGAAAGUGGAUGAUCACAACAUUAUCCUGCAACGUAAGGAAAGGCUGGAAGUUUGAUUUUCAUUUCUAUGCAUCAGCAAAGGAGCAACACCACACUCAGAAGCUGUACUAUGCCCAGCUGAGGAAGGCUCCCUACCACAGUCGAAUUUGCCUGGCACCACCUGGCUGCAUUCUUAGUGGAGGACCCAAUGGCCCCAAUCAAGGCUACUUCUUCGUCCCCUACAAGAAAGCUUUCUCGGUGUCAAAUGUUGAAGAGGCCCCAACGUUUGACUUCAACCCCUGCAUGAACGACGGCUGUGGGAAGCCAGCGGUCCGCCCCCUGGUGGACACGGGAGCCAUGGUCUUCAUUGUGUUUGGGAUUCUGGGAGUGAACCGCACACGGAAACAAGACAACCAUGUGAUAGGAGAUAUGGGCAGUGUCAUCUACGAUGAGAGCUUCGACCUGUUCCAAGAAAUUGGGAACCUGUGUAAGAUUUGCAAGGCCAUUGGUGGCAACCAUGAGUUGGUGAAGCCAGGUGGAGCUCAAUGUUUACCUUCUGGUUACAGCGUUUCUACAUUCCUGCAAAUGUUGCACCCGGAAUGCAAGAGCAUACCAGAACCCAACCUGCUUCCUGGGCAACUGUCUCACGGCGCUGUAGGAGUGAGAGAUGGCAGGGUUCAGUGGAUCUCGAUGGCCUUUGAAUCUACAACUUACAAAGGAAAGUCCUCGUUUCAAACCUAUGCAGACUACUUGAAAUGGGAGAACUACCUCCAGGACCAGCUCCUACAGUUUUCCGAGCAAUCAUCCCUACGCCACGGAUUUCAGACGUGUGAGCACUGGAAGCAGAUUUUCAUGGAAAUAAUAGGUGUUCAGAGUGCACUGUACAGUUUGAUGCUUUCUCUGAUAAUCUGUGUUGCAGCAGUUGCUAUUUUCACCACGCACAUCCUACUACUUUUACCAGUGCUCAUGACCAUUCUAGGUGUGAUAUGCUUGAUGGUUGCUCUCAUGUACUGGUUAGGCUGGGAAAUGGGAGCGGUGGAAGCCAUCUCAUUGUCCAUCCUGAUGGGCUCUUCUGUGGAUUACUGUGUCCACCUCGUCGAGGGUUACCUGCUGGCUGGGGAAACCCUUUUGACAGCCGAGACCGAUGAUAAAUGUAACAUGGGGAAAUGGAGGACUCUGGCCGCUGUAAGACACGUCGGUGUCGCCAUCGUCUCCAGUGCCAUCACCACUGUCAUUGCGACAAUCCCCCUUUUCUUUUGCAUCAUAAUUCCAUUUGCCAAGUUUGGGAAGAUUGUCGCCCUGAAUACCGCCAUCUCCAUUCUGUACACAUUAACUGUUAACACGGCCCUGCUCAGCAUUCUGGCUCCAAAUGACUUCUAUCGCUCGAGAAAGUCUUUCCUCAAGGCGAUCGUAGGAGUAGUUGGCAUUGGGAGCGGAGGGUUCUGUAUCUGUCUCCUACUGAUUAAAUUGGGGUACAAAAUCCCAUUCCCCAAUGUAUCAGCACUGUAAUUUAUUUAUACAGAUAAUAUAAGAGACUUCAAAA